AAUAUCAAAAAACGGCAAUGUUACGUUGUUAUUAAAUGUGUUCAAAUAAUGACUUUUAAUUAUUUUAUACACCUUUGUUUUAUAAUUAACUGUUGCUAAGGUUCCUUUGUUGCUCCUUAUACAAGUGAAUGAAUUAUGCCACGGGAAAACAGAUCAUACCGACAUAGAAGUGCUUCAAGGGAAAGAGAUCGGUCAAGGGAAAGAGACCGGGACCGCAAAAAGAAAAGUCGAUCUCGCAGUCCAAUCCGAUCAAGGCGGUCGAGAUCUAAGGACCGGUUAAAAAGGUCACGGUCACGUGAAAGACGACGGUCAAGAAGCAGGUCACGGGAUCGAGAUAAGAAAGAGAGAGACUGGGAUCGCGAUCGGGACAGGAGAAAGAGAUCAAAGUCUAAAGAUCGGGAAAGAACUAGGAAACGGGACAAAAAGUCACGUUCUCGAACACCUGAGAAGAAGAAAUCUAAAAGUCCAUCACCAAAUGUGCUAAAGUUAGCUUUCAGAGAAGGAGAACUCCGAGUGAAGGAUGAACCACUUAACAAGGAAGAGGAGCAGAAGCGGCUCGAGGUUGAAAUGCAGAAGAGACGAGAACGGAUUGAACACUGGCGGCUGGAGCGCAAGAAGAAACAAGAACUGCUCCCCAUCAACAUAGCACCGCCCACGAAGAAGUGGACGUUGGAAGAUGAUGAUGAUGACGAUGACGAUGAUCAGAGUCACAAACUGAACGCUGACGAAGAGGAUCCACUCGAUGCUUUCAUGCAGUCUGUCAAUGAUGAAGUAAAGCAGACCAGAGAUAAAGAUAGAAGUAUUGGGAUUAAGCUCGAGUCAAAUGAAACAAAUGGUGCGACUACUGGGAAAGUGACGUUUAUGACAGGUGUUGCCAAAAAAACACCUGAUCCUGGCAAAAUCAAGGGUGAACUUAUGGAGAACAAUGUAGAUGCUAUUGAGUACUCGUCUGAAGAAGAGGAAGAAGACCUGGAUAUGACCAUGGCUAGCAUCAUCAAGAAAAGAAAGGAAUUAAUAACUGUGGAUCAUGAUCGCAUUUACUAUCCUCCAUUCAGAAAGAAUUUUUAUGUGGAAGUGCCUGAAAUUGCCAAUAUGACUCAAGAAGAGGCUGAUCAGGCCCGAGAGGAGAUGGAAAACAUAAAAGUGCGAGGCAAGAACUGCCCCAAGGUGAUCAAAACCUGGGCUCAGUGCGGAGUCAGUAAGAAGAUUAUGGAUUGCCUUAGAAAACACGAUUAUGAAAAACCAACUCCGAUUCAAGCUCAGGCCAUUCCGGCCAUCAUGAGUGGGCGUGACCUGAUUGGAAUUGCUAAAACGGGAAGUGGAAAGACUGUCGCGUUUCUCCUGCCCAUGUUCAGACACAUCAUGGAUCAGACACCGCUUGCAGAUGAGGAUGGUCCAAUUGCUGUUAUUUUAACACCGACUAGAGAACUAGCUUUGCAGAUCACCACAGAAUGCAAGAAGUUCACCAAGGCUUGUGGACUGAAGGCAGUUUGUGUAUAUGGUGGAACGGGAAUUUCCGAGCAGAUUGCCGAAUUGAAACGUGGAUGUGAGAUCAUUGUGUGCACACCAGGCAGGAUGAUUGACAUGUUGGCAGCAAAUAAUGGUCGAGUUACAAACCUUCGUCGAUGUACAUACAUUGUUCUUGAUGAGGCAGACAGAAUGUUUGACAUGGGUUUUGAACCACAGGUGAUGAGAAUCAUGGACAACGUUCGACCUGAUCGCCAAACGGUCAUGUUCUCUGCCACGUUCCCGAGACAGAUGGAGGCUCUGGCAAGACGUAUUCUGCAGAAACCCAUUGAAGUGCAGGUCGGGGGUCGCAGUGUUGUGUGUAAAGAUGUUGAACAGCAUGUGAUUGUGAUUGAGGAAGACAAGAAGUUCUUCAAGCUGCUGGAGAUCCUGGGUAUCUACCACGAACACGGUAGUGUGCUCAUCUUCGUGGACAAGCAGGAGCACGCGGACGAGCUGAUGAAGGAGCUGAUGAAACACUCGUACCCGUGCAUGUCUCUGCACGGCGGCAUCGACCAGUACGACAGGGAUAGCACCAUCGUCGACUUCAAGAACGGAACAGUCAAACUCCUGGUGGCCACAUCAGUUGCAGCAAGGGGCCUGGAUGUGAAGCACCUGAUACUUGUUGUUAAUUUCAACUGUCCCAACCAUUACGAAGAUUACGUACACCGCUGCGGGCGGACCGGUCGAGCAGGCCGGAAGGGUUAUGCCUAUACGUUUGUGAUGCCUGAACAGGAGAGAUAUGCUGGUGAAAUUCUCCGAGCUCUCGAGCUGUCUAGUUCAUCAGUUCCUCCCGAACUUUCUACCAUGUGGAAUGCAUAUAAAGAGAGGGCAAAAGCUGAAGGUAAAACUAUCAGGAGCUCCAGUGGGUUUAAAGGCAAGGGCUUCAAGUUUGACGAGACCGAGGCCCACCUGGCUAACGAGCGUAAGAAGUUACAGAAAGCUGCUCUUGGUAUUGCCGACUCGGAUGACGAAGAUGCUGGAAUGGAUAUUGACCAGAAGAUCGAGGACAUGUUUGCGAGUCGUAAGUACGUAACGGACGUGGCGAAACCGAUCGUGAACCAGCAGACGCAGCAGGCGCAGAGUAACCAGAUCAAGCUGGAGCUGGCCAAGAAGCUGGCGGCGAGGAUCAACAUGCAGCGCAACCUGGGACCCGACGCCCAGGACAUCACGCAGCAGGCAGCCGUCGCCAUCCUCAAGGGAGACUCAGUGGCUGCUCCACAAGUAGCGUCGAAAACAAUCGCGGAGCAGAUGGCUGAGAAGAUCAACGCGAAGCUUGGCUACCGGCCGCAGGUGGAGGAGGAGAAGGAGCAGGAGGUACCGGCCGACACGUUCAAGCGGUAUGAGGAGGAGCUCGACAUCAACGACUUCCCACAGACCGCCAGGUGGAAAGUCACAUCCAAGGAGGCACUGGCGCAGAUCUGUGAAUACUCUGAGGCAGGUAUCACCGUGCGUGGUACGUACGUUCCACCGGGCAAGGAACAGAAGGAGCUCAAGGAGGGAGAACGGAAACUGUAUCUGGCAAUCGAGGCCACGAGUGAAAUCGCCAUCGGCAAGGCCAAGAAAGAGAUCACGCGACUUAUCAAGGAGGAACUCGUCAGAUUGCAAACAUCUUACGUUCCAAUCAACAAAGGCAGAUACAAAGUGUUGUAGAAGUUCAGCAGUACUACUUUUUAAAGAAAAUGAAGGAUUUCUUUCUGCAACAUGUAGACCUCAUGUUACUCAGCCAUACAGUAUCGAAUUAUCCGUGGUUUGAAAUUCAACAUGGUGUAUCAUUGAUUAAAGACCAUCAAAUUGUUGUUUUUACAAGGUUUUAAUGUCGGAUGUGAAAUGAAUUGUUUUAAUGGUGUGUAAAAGUAAAGAUAUGAGGAAUAUGGGCAGGUUUGAAAGAUGCGAAAUGAAUUGUUUUAACUGUAAAAGUGAACAUAUGAGGAAUAUGGGCAGGUUUGUCACAUGCGAAAUGAACCUUUUUAACAGUAUGUAAAAGUAAAAGUUAUGAUGAAUAUGUGCAGGUUUGUCAGAUGCGAAAUGAAUUGUUUUAAUUGUGUAAAAGUAAAAGUUAUAAUUGAAUAUGGGCAGGUUUUUUUUGACAGAAUGUUUUAGUUCACUGACCAGGUGAAAUGUGAAUUAGAUAAGCCCGUUGGUGUGUAUAUCCAUGUUGGUCAUGAAUAAACACUGGAUUUUAGGAGGAUUUUUUCUGUUUUUGACAGCUGAAUAUUUUAUUUUGAUCACUAAACCAGAGGAAAGUGAAAAAAAGUAUAAACCUUUUUUUAAAAACAUUGUUGAUGACAAUUACUAGGUUCAUGUCAUAUAUUAUCUGGCUCACUGGACAAAAGUGAACUGAAUGGGUUUCUGUAAUGAAUAAAACGUCGCUUUAAAAUACAUGUGUAUAUAUAUUUUACUUAAAUGGCAGCAAUAUAUUUUAAUACAUAUACACCUGAAUAUUAAUUAAGCACCACCUGUAUUGCAUUGCAACUAAAAAGGCUCUUGGAAGUAAUUGUCUGUGCAGAUGGCUUUAAACCUGAUAUUGAAAUUUGUUUACGUAUUCUGUAUAUACUUAAUUGUAUUUACCGAGAUGGUGUGAAUAAAUUACUUAGUAAAAGCACAUCAGUGUGAUUCCAGCUCUACAGUUAAUUAUCAUACCUUUCCAUGUAUAUUUAUGGCUUCUGUCUCUUCCCCCCCCCCCCCCCCCCCCCCCCCCGAACAUAUUAAAUAUUGAUGAUACGACAGUGUCACUUGCUAUCAAUCUUUUUCAGUAUCUUCUGCAUACACAGAACAUUAAUUUCAAUGUUUGUAUUCACAAAACAUUCACAAUUACUAGCGAAGUAUAAGCCACAUGGUCAACACUAGAUGGUGCUUAAUGAAUUUCCAGGUGUAUGUAUAACAGAAGACAAUAUUUCAACAUAUUUUGUUACCGGAACUCACCAUUAUCUUCGCCUAGGUAACCAAUUGGUUACACAUUAUAUUUGCAUAGCGAAUAAAGUUCUGAUGAUCCUGUUUGUAACUUUUAAAUUUUAGAAUGUAAUGGCAGUUCUUGUGAAUUAAAAGUCUGCAUAACUGACACACAAACAAAACAAUGGUUUACAUGAAAUAUUGUGUCCUGGUAUAAGAGACUACAACAUAAUUGUAGCCUCAGUGGUGUAGUGGUUGAACCAUCAGUCUGACGACUGGUAGGUACUGGGUUCACAUCCCAGCACCAGCUCCCACCUGGAGUACGUUUUAUUGGCUCAGUGGUUUGGAAAUUAGAAAGUUAUUUUAUAGUGGAAUCUUAAAUCAUAAUCGCUUCCCAUACAUUUAGCUCAGUCGGUAGAGCACUCGCCUAAACUGCUUGGUUUGCAGGAUUGAAACCCUGGUAGACCCAUUGGGUUUGACCUGUACCACACCACAACUGGUAAAUCAAAGGCUGUUGUAUGUGCUGUCAUAUCUGGGAAAGUGCAUAUAAAUGAUACCUUGCUGCUAAUGGGAUAAUGUAGCAGGUUUUUUCUGAAGACUACGUGUUGGAAUUAACAAAUAUUUGGUAUUAAAAGGCUGAUGUUUUAAUUAAUGAAUGCUCUCUAGUAUCUUUUUGGCAUAGGUAAACUAAACAAACUUUCUUCUUAUACACAUACAGACCUACAACCAGACUGAACUAGUAAAUCCCUAUUGUCUCUGUGAGACUGCACGACUUCAUGUAACAUAAUUAUUAAUCUUGGUUCAUCGACUUCGUGUAACGAUGAAUUAAUCUUGGUUCGUAGACUUCAUGUAACAUAUUUGUUCAUCAACUUCAUGUAACAUAAUUAUUAAUCUUAGUUCAUCUUUGUAUUUCCUUGGAGGUACACUGACCUUAGUUAUUAGGAAGUGUUUGCUAUUAUUGAAUUUUUAUUUUUAUUUUUUUAUUACAUAUUGGCAAAUCCAAUAUUUUUCUGAUGACUGUGGUGUUUGUAAUAGCUCAAAGUUGAUUUUAUGUAAAUCCAGGGCUUCUAGAAUUUUGUUUAGCCCAACUUUACUUUAAGUUAAUACAAUUUGACUAAAUAAUAGUAAUAAUCAGAUAGGUCACCUAAAGAGGGAGAUAAGAGCUUAAAAACACUAACGUUGGGGUUGAGGUGGGGUCACGAUAUAUUCAUAUUUACAAAAUAGACUUUUAACUGCAACAUUUGACAAGUUAGUUUUUCACUAGCCAUCGGACAUGGCAAUAGUAGUUAUUUACUAGCCCAACAAUGAAUAUCACUAGCCAUGGGAGUGGGGCUACCAUAAUCUAGAAGCCAUGGUAAAUCAGGAAAAGUACAUACCUGGGGGAAAACUAGGGUCAGUGACUUUAAUUAUAUGACAAUAAACAUUUUAUGAUGUAUGACAAUUGUUGAAAACUGGUAUCAGAUUAAACAGAAAAAUCUA